AUUGGGUGCAUGUGAAUUCUGACGAAUCUGUGUGUCUUUCUUUUCUAGGAUUUGACUCAAUGAUCAAAUAUGGAAAGCCAUACUUUACCCACGGAACAUCCGAUUUACCACGAAAUACAAUCGUAUCAUUUGGAAAACCCAGGGCAAGGUGAUCAUGCGUUUCAGGUAUAUAUUGACUUGUCAGAAACGCGAGGUUGGUACGGAUUGAAAUUGCAUUAUUGCAACGAACUUAAUUGUGUUUUUCUUUCCGGAAAAUCUCCGAUAAUUAAAGGAAGACAGAUUGUUUUACCGGUCACAACAAAUGAAACAUUGAGUCAGAGGGAUAUGCAAAAGUACUUUGAACUUCUUGCAAAAGACGAAAGUGAUAUAAGGGAAAUAACUCUUGCUCUGUGCGAUGUGGACUCCACUUUGGUCUAUUAUAAAAUUUCAAAUCAUAUAGUUCGACCGGAAGAUCCGAUGGACACAGAAUUAAAGAAGAAGAAAAAGUAUGAACGAUUUAGAAAUGCUCAGUCGGAUUUGCCACACUAUGUGGAUCAAUACUAUCACGAGCAAAAAUAACAUACUGAACCCACGGAUUAGUGUAUUAAUAGGCUGUAGUCGAUCAUCGUUCUCGGCGAGUUACCUCCCAUAGACAAAUCUAAGCGAGUACAAAUUUUCGUGCCCACGUUAUUUCCUCCCCAGUCUUGUCACGCUUGUUUUACGUGUAAUCUACUCAAGCCGUACAAGUUUUUCUAUUCUUCGACUGAACUUUUUAAUUACUUUCUUAAUUAAGUUCUUAAAUCCUUAGUCAGUCGUUACCAAUGGAU